AUGCGUUGGACAUCACUCCUGGCCUUGGGUGCCUUAGCCGCCAGUGUCACGGCACAAGACGGUGGAGCAGUAUUUGCGAGACAGAAUGAUUCCUAUGCUGAGCCGUCUGGCGCAUACUCGGUUGCCCCUUUGCCAGAAGCCUCAUCCUCGGCUUCACUUAAGCCUUCACCCUCGCCAUCGCCAUCGCCUGAACCUCAACAGUCGUCGGAACCGGCAGCGACGCCCUCGGCCUCAGCUACCAAGGAGCCCGUCGCAGAACCAGCUUCUUCCGUUGAAGCCCAGCCCGCUCCCACAACGACCAGCGCCGACAAGAAGUCGCCAGACUAUGGCACCGAUACCGAUGACUGUAGCCACUGGGCCUCGAAGUGCCCCUGGGGACAGACUGUGACCGUCACCGAGAAGCAGGUUUCGACUGUCACUGAGAAGCAGGUCUCGACUGUUACGGAAAAGCAGAUCUCGACCUUGACCGUUGAGAAGCCGGUUGUUUCCACCCUCACGAUCGUCUCCAAAGAGACUGUGUACACCACGCAAGCCUUCACUACGACAGAUUACGAGACCAAGACAAUUGUGAAGGUCUCCUCCUACCCUGUGACUACCACGGUGGCUCUUUGCGAUCCUGUAGAUGCCCCUGGUCCAACCACCUCCCUCGUCCCAACUUAUGGAGGUGGCUAUGGCAGGAAGCGAACUCCUCAGCAAGUUUGCCGGACGACCACAACCACAAUUUGGAAGACGAGCACGACAAAGGUCACGGAAGUCGUCCCAGUUCCCACCACAAUCGUACAGACGCAGAAGCAGACAAUCCAACUCCCUCCAUCCAUCGAGACGCAACAGGUCACGCAGACGCGAGAGGUCACUGCUACUCGGAUUCAUACUUCCGUCUCGACUUUGGUCUCCACCGUUGUAUCGACCGAGAUCAUUCCAACGACAGUGAUCUCAAGCAAAACUCAAUACGUGACCACGACUUACACGACAUUGAAGACCUACUAUAUCACGGACACUAUUACAGAGACUCAGAAACAGCCACCAACAACGAUCUUCGAGACCAAGGAGCGAACGGCAACAAUCACUCAGCCUGUGACUCGGACGGCUACUCAGAUUUCAACGACCACAAUCAUCUCGACUCUUGUGUAUACGACAAGCAUCCCAUACACUAUUACCUCUGAUCACACAAUCACCAAAACUUCCUACUCUGUGUCCACUUUCACAAGUCUCGUUACUUACACUUCACCAGUGACCAUAACUGCGUCUUACACGGAAUUCCAAACAGCAACGGCAACGGCCACGAGAACCGCAACUGUCACGAACAAACAGACAGAAUAUUUGACUUCUCUGACAACGGUCUUCGUCUCAACGACUCGCUUCGAAACUCUCACUCUGUCGACGAGUUAUCCAGUGACUAUUCCCAUAACCGUCACCAACGACAGGACGAUUCGGGAGACGUUUUACUCGACUGUCGUGGAAACUUCUGUGAGAACGAUAGUUUCUUCCUAUCCAGUCACUCGAACAGUCACGCAAACCUCACCUCCGCAGACCGUUACUCAGCCUGCUUCAACAGUGACUCUUCCGCCAGUUACGACUACGACAACGAUUUCUGGGGAGGCCGUCACGAUCACCUUGCCUGCUUCAACCAUCACCAUUCCUGUGACCGCCACUAUUACAGGACCCGGGGAGACGAUUACUCGUCCUGGUGAGACGAUCACUCGGCCUGCUUCAACCGUCACCCUUCCGCCAGUCACAACUACGACAACGAUUUCUGGGGAGGCCGUUACAAUCACCUUGCCUGCUUCAACCAUCACAAUUCCUGUGACCGCCACUAUCACGGGGCCCGGAGAGACGGUAACGCGUCCCGCUGAGACGAUUACCCUGCCGCCCGAAACGGUUAUCACUACGAUUGCCGGUGAAAUCACGACUCUCACCCUGCCAGCAUCUACAAUCACUCUGCCAGGAGUCACAGAUGUCAUCACCGUCACACCUCCUCCUGCAACCAUCACUCUUCCCGGAUCGACUGUGGUUUCGACAAUUGCAGGCGAGCUAACGACAAUCACCUUACCCGGAACCACAUUGACACUGGUCACCACUCAAGUAAACACAGUCACUCUGCCUCCCUCUGUGACGACUUUGCCUGGUUCAACAAUUGUGACUACGGUCGUCGAGACUGCGCCUGCGUCGACAUUGACCAUCACUCGCGACGGUUCGACAAUAACCAGCAUCGUGCCAGGGCCAACAUCUUUCGUCGUUUCGACCUUAACGUUGCCCCCGGUCACCGUUACCUUGCCACCUUCAACGGUCACAGAGAUCACGGCUUGCCCGGCCCCAACGAACACUCCCGGAUUAAACUCUGCGGCCGAAUACAACCCGAAGUCCAACCUGACGUGGGGCUGUCAACCCGGAUACGUCUGCAACCCUCCCAAGCCGGCCGGCUGCAACCUAUGGGCAGACCCGCCAGCAGACAAUUAUAUCUGUGCCCCGCAGAACUGUAUUCCAGCACCGCCUGUCACUCUAGCAAAUUGGAAGGAGAAUGAGACAAGCUACUAUCCAGUGAAUGAGGGAUACUUCAACCUGAAUCCAAAUGCCUUUGGUCUUCCUUUUGACAUCUUUGAGUACGAAGUCAUUGUGACCAAGGUGAAGGGUAAGAAGGGACACAAGAAGACGACCAUCACGACCGGAAACUGGGCUUCAGCUACGGAGCUAACUCACUAUCCUCCGACCGCCCAACCCACGAUCACGUCUUCCCCUACCCCUACAUCCUCUGCUGAGAUUGGCAAACACGCCUACAAGCAUAAGCAGGAGGGCAAGACCUACGAGCGCCGUGAUUUCUUCGGCAAGCGAGAUGUUACGAUCGCUCCUGCCAUCUGCUUCGACAAUUGCAACAAUGUUUAUAUCGAGGUUCAGACCGUGGGCAAAAACCCUCAGAUUUGCUUAGCGGGCUCCGCCUUCCAGAUGAACCUCGAGACUUGCAGGCAAUGCGUGAUAGACAACGCCGAUGACGGGAAGGAGACUCUGCGUCUUUACAUCGAACCACAAUUCCAGCAGUGGCUAGUAUACUGCACCGGCGAGGCACCGCAGACUUCGUCUUCCGCAACUAUCCUGCCACCCCAGAGUCAAGCAAGCGGCACGGCUACACUCACGACAGCAAGCCAGGGGGCCGGUUCCAGUGAUACUUCGGCCGUCCCUAUUCCGGGGUCAACCACAACCACCACUGCUGAGGUGUCUACCACGAUUACACCUACUCCCACUCCCACGCCGUCUCCUAGCACGAGCGUGGCAGCGUCUUCUACAUCCUCGACUGCCAGCACAGCAGAAAGCUCUCAAUCGUCAUCCAGCUCUAGCCCUUCGGUCUCUCCCACGCCAUCUGACACGACCUCCACGGUCACGAUUAGCUCCGGAUCCACUGCCGUGACUUCCAGCUUUUCAACAGCGACGUCUGCCGCCGUUUCGACAAGCUCGACUUCUGCUGGAACUCCUACUCCGACCGGAAGCGUCUCCUCGGGUUCUCCAAGCGCUUCGAGUGCCUCAGGUACUUCAAUUGCUUCGAGUUCCGCUAGCGGGUCAAGCGCUCCAAGUCAGUCGAGUUCUCCAGCAAGCGCGUCAUCACUCUCCACGGCAACUUUAUCUUCGGUAUCAUCAGCACCGUCCGGAACAGCGACAAACGGUCCUGGCUCGAGUCCGUCGGCUUCAAUCCCCUCAGAAUCCGCGUCUGACGGUCCAACCACCUCAGCCGGAUCAGCAUCUACAGCAACUGGCGGGUCUGGAGGCUCUACAUCCGAAACCUCAGCGCCAUCCUCGACUGUGUCUUCUCCAAGCACCACUUCGACAGGCCCCGUCACAGCCGCAGCAGUCAAGCCCGCCACCUCGACCAUCCUCGCCAUACUGGCGCCGCUCAUGGUUCUUCUACUCCUCUAA